AUGUUCAAUGAAUUUGUCCAGCAGUCGUCUGAAUCCGAUGGUGAUUGGGAGGUUCGUGAUCCGUUUAAAAACUUCAAAUUUACUCGAUAUUUGAAGGAAGAGGUUGUUCAGUCGAUAAGAAAAAAGCAAUAUGAAGAUGGUACGAGCAAAUGUGGUCCAUUUACCAAUCGUGCGUAUACAUUUGUCACAAUUCCUCGAUAUCUAGAAUCGUUUAUGGUUUAUGGGAUGCUGCAGUGUUUGGAUCACCUACUGGUUAUUUAUACAUUUCUUCCAUUACGUUGUUUUCUCACUGUAUUAAAUUUAAUGCUAAGAAUAUCCAGUGGAAUAUUUCAAUUUUUCACAUAUUUUAAUCAAUACCAUGAUGCACCUCCAUCGAAGACUUCACGGUUAACUUUACUGUAUAAUUAUGAAUUACGUGAUCUGAUCAAAUUUUCUUUAUUGUGUAUAUGUACUGUUAUUUUAACAAAAUAUGAUAGUUCCAUGGCUUAUCAUGAAAUAAGAACACAAUCGGUGAUAAAAAUUUAUAUUUUUUUCAAUUUACUCGAGGUCGCAGAUCGUUUAUUAUCUGCUGUUUGUCAAGAUGCCUUGGAUGAUUUACUGUUUACGAUCAGUAAACCACGAUCUGAUUCAGUUUUAUCUAAUGACCUAGAGGAAAAUAGUUUCAUUUUCUGGCGUGAUAUUGUUUUACAGUACUGCUUUGCUUUCUUUUGUCUCAUAGCCCACUGCUUCCUUCUGCUAUGUCAAGUUACUACUUUAAAUGUAGCAUUCAAUUCACAAAAUAAAUCAUUGAUCACUGUGUUUAUUUCGAACAAUUUUGUUGAAUUAAAAGGUAAUGUAUUUCGUAAAAUGGGAAAAACAAAUUUAUUUCAAAUUGCUUGUGCUGAUGUGCGUGAACGAUUUCACUAUUGUGUUUGGUUUUCAAUUAUUGUAUGCCGUAAUAUGAAUGAAAGUGGAUGGAAUUUAGAUGAUCUUCAAACAAUUCUUAUUGAUGUAACCUAUAUUCUUCUAGCAGAAGUUGCUGUGGAUUGGAUAAAGCAUUCGUUCAUUACCAAAUUUAAUGUGAUCCCUUCAAAUGUCUAUGAGGAGUAUACUGUGAGCAUUGCAUACGACCUAUUAUUAUGCCAUCAGGGGAAGAAUACAUCAGAUUACUCUGACCUUCUCUCACGUCGUAUGGGUCUUACUCCGAUCCCCCUUAGUUGUUUAAUUAAUGCUAUGCUUUUCCAAACAAUAAGAAAUCCCAGCACUCUUUGCCUUACUUUACCGUUUGUUGUGUCUGUACUAUUUGCAGUUAAAGUUGCAACUAACCUUACCCUUAUGUCCAUGGCUUAUUCUCAUGUACGUGAGUACAUUAAUGCAGCAAGUACUGUUCGACAGGAUGAAAAUUGUUCUUUCGACAAUGAUAAAACUGGUGGUGUUUUCACAACUACAGUAAAAGGGAAUAUAAAACAGUCUCAACAUAUUCUUUCAGAAAAAGAAAUUCCGAUAUCAUCAAGAAAGCCUCCUUUUGGUUUCACAGGUUAUGACCAACCGACUAAAGAUGAAGAUUGCUUUUUGCCGACGGGUCUUAGGUAUCGGAAAUUCAAAAGCGACUCAGGUCCCGUAGAUAUAACAAUUAAUAUGGACAUAAAUCACUCACUAACUCCUGAAGAUACAUCAGAACUCGCUGGAAAUAAGCUUAGAGUGUUAAGUCCGAUUUCCACGGGUAGCAUUUGGAAUGAAUUGAUUGAACCAUAUCAAUCAAUUAUGGCCUCUGCAACCGGAACACCGAAGAGUCUAUAUGAACUUAAUGAAUCAGCCCCAUUAACACCUCUUAGUCGAAUAGGGUCAGCAAAUCGGAUAUUCAAUCCUGGGAAUAAUAAGUCAGAAAUCGAGUGCGAACGUGGUUUCCAUGGUUCAUGCGUGUUCCAGACUGAAGAUAAACCUCAGUUUACUGCUUACACAAAUACUCCAAUUGCUACAUUACAUAAUGAGGGACUACAUGUACGCAACAGGUAUGAGAUGACUAGUAUCUUAGAAUUAUAUAGCAAUAAAGACGAAUCAUUUACAACAAUGGUACGACCUCCUAGUGCUUGUGUUUUAUUAAGACCAAGGUAUUACAGUAUCGAUCUAGGUAUUCUGAGUACUUUUUUAACUUCUAUGGAACGCAAUGCACGUGCUACAGAUGAAACACCAAUUAAAGAUGGAAGUGCUCAGGAAAAUGAAUCAAAGCCUACCUAUACUUUCAAUCCUAUACACAAACGCCGGGUACGUACAAUGACUGAAAGUUCAGGCACUGCCCCGUCACAUCCUCCAAGGGACCCUACAAUACCAAUUCUAUGGGAACGAAGCAGUAGAAAUAGUACGGCCAACCAGUUCGGUUUGGAUCGACUGAAACCAAUAACACCUGGACGAGUAAAGCAGCCAUUGUCUGAUAUUGAUCGUUAUUCAAUGGUAGAAGGACAAAUUAGUUGA